UCCUAAAUAUUAUUUCAGAAACUCGACUCCCCAAGGACAAGAUUCUCAAAAAAUGGCGUGAAGCACAAUCGCGGGCUAAAUUCGAGGCCGCCCGUGCCGCCAUCAUCAAUUCUCUGAAAACCAAAUUCGGCACAGAAACUAACACUAAUGUCAAAGUAAUCCCAACAAUUAUUACCGAAGACAAUGCUGAAACAUCAAAUCUGAAUGUAAAUCGCGAUAACGCGACGCAGACGACUUUGAGACUUUUGCCUGCGAGGGAAGGUUUGACAACGCCGCGGAGCGCUCGGGCUCCGGUGGCUAGGAGGACUGGGACGCUACCACAUCAGCGAUUGAAAAGGGAGAAAUCGCUAGAGAGUCCACCGGAGAUGGAUUCCCCAGGCGGCAGUGUAAGCAGUGACUUGCGUCGGCAGAAUGAUGAGCUUCGCGCUCGUUUGGCCGGCGAAGCAGCGGACCAUAGGCGUCGGCUUGAUGCAUACCGCCGCGCGCAGCAAGGGCAGGCAGCGUUGGUAUCGAGACUCCAAGCAAAGGUGCUACAAUACAAGCAGCGCUGCUCAGAGCUGGAGCAGCAGAUGCAGGAGACGACGCCGCGCAGCGACAGCUACCGCGCGAAGCCUGCGACCGCCGUCGCGCUGCCGGCGCCGGCCGCUCUGCCGUCCGCCUCCAGCGUGGAUACUCGUCGGGACGAGCGCAUCGCUGAUCUCGAAACUGCUUUGAGGCGGUUGGAUGAGGAGAAACGCAAAUGUGAAAAGCUGGUGAACCAGAACAACCUGCUCCGAGACCAGCUUGAGGAAUCCCACCAGCUCAAUGAGGCAUUAACUAAUGACUUGCAGAAGCUCACCAAUGACUGGGAGGCUCUCCGGGACGAGAUGACUGUCAAAGAGGAUGAGUGGAAGGAUGAGGAACAGGCAUUCAACGACUACUACACGAGCGAACACAACCGCCUGUUGAGCCUCUGGCGCGAGGUGGUCUCCGUGAAGCGUUUCUUCUCCGAGCUGCAGUCGACCACGGAGCGCGACCUGUAUCGAGUGAAGAACGACUUCGAGUCGGCCACGCGCGAGCUUGUCGGCACGCUCAGUGGGUACGCUAUUAAUGCGUAUGCACAGGGAGUGAGGCCUCAAACCGACCACCACUCAACGCCAGGCGUGACGUCUACUCCGAACAUAACAGUGGAGACUUUGCGAAUAGAUCUGCGCGAAGUGACGUCACAGCGCGACGCGGCGCAAGCCGAGCUGCGCGAGCGAGACGCGCGCAUACAACGUCUGCUGGGCGAGCUGCAGGGAUUGGAGGAACGUUACGAGGUUGCGGAAGCUAUGUGCUCCGAAGCGAACGCCAUGCGAUCUGCGUUGGAGGAAGUGGCUCGAGCGCUCAUACAGGACUCCGAGGCUGACGUGCCGUCGCAACAUCUGCAUAUGGCUGACAGCAGCAGGUCCCCGCGUCGCGGCGUGUCGCAGGCGGCUAACGCGACAGCUUUCGCGGAGAGCACCAUCUCGGCCGUGCAGGCCGCGCUGCACAAGUACCAGAUACAAAUACACGAGCUGCAGGUGAAACUCCAGAAUACGCGGGAGCAGCUCUCGACGAGCCGCAAGCACUGCGAGGCCGCCGACGCCAGCAUACUCACGCUGGAGAACAAAGUGCAGGAUCUGCAAGCCAAACUGGACCAGGCGAACGCGGACCUAAACCAGCUGGCACAAGACAAAGAGUCGAUGCAGAAGUCUGUGGAGUCACUGCGCAUCGACAAAAACAACCUCGAGAGGAACCGCAUAGAGAUCAACGCCAUGGUGGAGUCAUUGACGUCAGACUACGAAAAACUGCAGAAGAUCAACGCGCGCCUAGAGAAGACGAUCGAAGCACUCGAGACGGACAAACGGAAUCUGAACUCGGAGCUAGACCACCUGCACCGCGAGGCUACCAACCGAGAGUCCAUAUUGAGGGCUGAAGAGGAGCGUUCAUCUCGGCUGCGUUCGGAACUGGUGACCGUCCGCGAGGAGCUGAACAAGACCUCGCUGGCGCGCGACCUGCUGGAGCAGCAGAAGAUAGAGGCGGACUCCAUCAUGUCGCAGGUGGACAAGCACAGGAAUGACUUGGAAAUAGAGCUUGAGAGAACGUUAUUAGAGAGAGGUGACCUGCAAGAUCUGGUAGAGAAGUUGCAAACGGCUAUCAGAAAUCUUGAAACGGAUAAGAAGAAAUUGCAAGAAGAAGUCAAACACCUGGAAGACGAAAAAUCCUCCCUAUCGAAUCAGUCGUCGGAACAACUGGGCGACAUGAACUCCCUGCGCAAGGAGCUGCUUGCGGCCGAGCAGACGCGCAUGGAACUCGAAGCCGACAAGUCGUCCUUGCACGAGAAGAUCAAGUUCUUGGACCAGGACAGGGAGAAGGUUGAACUGGAGCUGCGGCAGGUGGUCAGGGAACGCGGCGAGCUAAGCUCACAGCUGACGGCAAUGGUGCGCAAAAAGGACUCGCUGAACGAAGAAAUCAUGCGGCUGCAACAGCGACUCGAACAGGCCAGCGAGACUGUCGGCCGACUCAACCGUAGCCUUGAGGACCACGUCAAGGACGCGGAGGAGAAACAGAUACUAAUAGACAGUCUGGACAAAGACAAGCAGCAUCUCCAAGAGCAGUUGGCCAGCGUCCGCGCCGAGAAAGACGCGUUGGAGGCCGUACUUUUCGACACGGCCAAUAUGUUGGACGACGCGGAGGCGCGCCGCGCUAAACUCGACCGUGAACUGCAGGACGCGAUGGUUCAGCAGGAGAACCACAAAGGACAAAUAGCUCGUCUCACCAAGGAACUGGAGAGCAGCGAGCGCAAGCUCCGCGAAACGAAGAGCACCAUGCAGCAGUCGUCCGGGAAAAAAGAGGCCGAGUACCAGAGCAUCAUCACCAACAUCAACCGCACCACGGCCGAGAACAUCACCAAGCUCAAGGAAGAGAAGGAACAACUUCGCCAAACUCUUGAGCAAAAGCUAUCCCAAACGAUAGCAGCGCUAACGAGUGAGAAGGAAGCUGGCGAUGCCACUGCGCGCGAGCGAGAAAAAAAACUUCUGGCUCAACGCGAUCAGCUCAUAUUGCAGCACGACGAAGCGAUGCUGCGAGCCGAGAGCGACAAACAGCAGGCUUUGAUUAUGGCUCACCAAGAGCAACAAGCGCUGAUAGAACGCCUGGAGGAGGCGAAGCGUGUUCUAGAUUGUUCUCAGAACAAACUAGAACGCGUGAAGCGAGACGCCGCGGCGCGCUCCGAUCAGGAUCGUGGUCACAUCAACCAGUUGAAGGAUGAGCUGGCUGCGUUGAAGACUCGUCUUGAAGAGGCCAAAGCUGCAGCAGAAGACGACUGCGCCCGCUUCGAGAACCGCAUCAAGGAACUUCACCUAGAGAAGGAGGCGAGCAACCGCGAGUGCCAGGAGGUGCGCGCGCAGCUCUCGCUGGCUGAAGACAAGUAUGACAAUGCGUACACACAGCUGCAGGAUACUAUUAGGAAGCUUAAAGAACUUGAGAACGAGUCCGAAAGUCUCCGCAAGGAGCUGACCGACGUGCGUCGCCAGCUCAGCAACUGCGCGGCGGAGCGCGACAAGUACAACAGCAGCUGCCGCGAGCUGCGCGAGCACGUGAAGCGCGCCGAGCACGAGCGGCGCGAGGCGGCGCGCGCGCGCGACGAGGCCGUGCACAGCGUGGCCACACUCGAAGAAAACCGAUCAUCCCUGGAGCUGGAGCUCUCGCGCCUUCAGAAUAUGCUGAAGGAAUCUGAAACGGGCGGGGAACACGUGACACGAGAGUUGAAAGCCACCGAGGCGCAGUUAAAGAGAGAACGCGCCGCGCUGGAGCAAGCCAACCAUGACAUAAAGGAGCUUCAGUCUAGACUUCAGAACGAGUGCGAGGAGCGUGAGAGGACGGCUAACGAGGCGGCGGCGGCGCGGCGGCACGGCGCCGAGCUGGAGGCGCUGCUGGGCGCCGCGCGCGCCGAGCUGGCCGCCGGCCGCCAGCGCGGCGCCGAGCUCGAGGAGGCCUGCCGCGCCAGGGACCAGGAACUCGUUCUACGUUUGGAAGACUGCCGCUCCAAGGAGCGCCGCCUCGAGGAACUUAAACAUAAUCUCGAAGUGUGUCUCGCCGACGCUACGCAGCAGAUCCAGGAGUUGAAGGCCCGUCUCGGCGGCAGCGAAGGGCGCUGCCGCGCGCUGGAGGCGUCGCUGGCGCAGUGCGAGCACGGCAAGCGCGAGGCGGAGGCCAAGCUGUCGUCCAUCGCGCACACGCUGCGGCGCGUGUGCGGCGUGCAGCCCGACGGCUCCGUGCACGCCGCCGCGCGCCGCCGCCUCGCCAGCCCCGCGCGCCGCUACAGCCCGCACCGAGGUCGCGACCACUCGGAAGACCGCAACGAAAUCAUCGACGUGGACCCCGAGCUCGUCAAGAAAGGCGUCCGCAACCUCAUGCACGAAGUGUGCCAGAUUGAACGGGAGAAGGAUGACUACAAAACUCAAGUAGCCGCCUUGAAGAAGCAACUCAAAGACGCUAGCGAGCAGCAAGGCAAGGGUGACAACAAACUGCAGUCGAUCACUUCCAACCUCCGCACAGUGCAGGAAGAGAAGGCUCGCUUGCAGAACCUGCUGGGACAGAAGGACGCGCAGCUUACUGGACUGAAUGAAUCAGUCCAGUCUAAGACUGUGGAGAUCAGCAACCUAAGGGACAAGAUCACGAGCCUAGAAGCCACGCUUAGCUCCGUUACCGAAGAGAAGGUUCAGAACGAGAACAAAGGCGAGAAUUUGCGCGUACAGUUAGCGGAGCGUGUGCAAGAAGUCGGUCAACUGAGGGAGGCGCUGGCAGCGGCUGAAGGGCGCGCGGCGCGGCUGGACGUGCGGCGCGCGCAGCUGGAGGGCGACGUGCAGCGCGCGGCCGUCGCGGCCAGGGACCGCGACCAGGCGCUCAAGAAACUCCAAGAGCGCUGCGAGGGUUACGCUCGCACCAUAGCCUCACUAGAAGACCGAUGCACGUCACUCAAGGGCACGGUGGAGCAACUGUCGACGUCGCUUCAAAAGGCCGCCUCUGCCGAGAGCGAGCUCAGAGCGGAGCUGAGUAAGACUCAGCGCAUGCUCAACGAGGCGAAGAACAACGAGCAAAAUGCGAUGGACAAAUUGAGGCAGAUUCAGAAGAACAUCGAUGAUCGAUGCACGUCACUCAAGGGCAAGGUGGAGCAACUGUCGACGUCGCUUCAAAAGGCCGCUUCUGCCGAGAGCGAGCUCAGAGCGGAGCUGAGCAAGACUCAGCGCAUACUCAACGAGGCGAAGAACAAGGAACAAAAUGCGAUGGACAAAUUGAGGCAGAUUCAGAAGAACAUCGCCAAUUGCGAGAACGAGCGUCGCGUACUGAGCGAGAAGUUAGAAAGCGCGAAGUCAGCGCUCGUCGAGCUGAAGAGAUUGAACUGCACACUGGAGGAUCAAGUGCACAGGCUCACGACGCAACUAUCCAACGUCGAAGUGCAAAGGUCAGGCUUGGAGUCGCAGCUCCGUAUGACGACUUGGGACGGUAAGGAGAGCGCCGACAGCGAGCUUGAGCGAGAACUGCACGCGCUGCAACGCGAGCGUAACGAACUGAAGGCUAAGAUACAUUUACGAUGUCUUGCAAUAGAAAAAUAUUUCUUAUUAUUUGGUGUUCAGAACGAUGCUCUCCAAGAGACACUCCGUAAGGUUGAGGCAGAUCGCCGCCUGAACAGGACUUCGGCAUUUCGCAGUAAGAGCCACGACAGGACCGAGAAGACUGUUUACUACUCGGAUUUGGAUUCCGGUCCCGAUUCGACUAAAGACUCGAUGCGCUACAAGGACUCGAACCUGAGCGCGGGAUGCAACGACAAGAGUUUCCGCGCCGACCUCACCUUGUUGGAGCUGGAGAAUAGAGAGCUCAAGAUGAAGAUUAGGCGCAUGGAGAAAGAGCUCGCUGAUAAGGAGGCAGAACUAAAAUUGGCGCGGACUCGCUACCUUAGUGACCUGUCCACGGCAUCGCCAAGCCGGCGCGAAGAUAUCGAUCACUACCGGCAGGCCGCCCUCCAAGCCGAACGGCUACUGGAAGCCAGAGAGGCCAGUCACCGGCAGCAGAUCAUCAGGCUCGAGAACCAGGCAUCUCAGUUGCGCAGCCAGCUGUCGGCGGAGAUUCGGCGGCGGCAAAGCUACGUGGCCCGCAGCGGGCGCGCCGCCCGCGACGUGCAGCGGCUUCGCUCCGCGCUUGGCGACUCGCUACGUACUGUUUCACAGGACCCGGCGCUGGACUCGUACACGCUGGAGCACGAGGCGCGCAAGCUGGACAGCACGCUCGCGCACAGCCUCCCGCCGCUCAACGAUAGCUACGACAGCUCCAAAUAAAACCAUAGCUCUACCAGUGGGGUGAAACUGGAGCUUUCGGGCGCUCUCGGCUCAGCGAUGUUACGAGCAAUUAGGGUUGGCAAAAUUUGACGCGCCAUUGCGUGCACAACGACACGAUAAGAUUAAUGAAACUUGACAACCCUAAAUAGCCGAAAGAAAUAGUGCCAUACAUUAGAAAGGGACAACAUGAUUCGUCCCUGAAUCGCUGUCAAACUUCGGUUUUGUAGGAAGUGUUAUUUCUGUACUGUAGUAUACUAUUAUUUAUUCUGUGGCUCUAGUGUCGGUCUAUUUCACUUAAGAUAUCCUAUUGUAGAUUGGCCACAACUCUAGCUGAUCUCCUAACAUUUGUUGUUACGAAUCUAGGGCUCCACGCGCUGUGCUAACGGACGAAUGUUCCGAGGUGAAUAGCUACAUUGUUCACAUUUUUUACUCUGUUAGCGGACAACAGCAACAGAUUUGCAAUUUUGCGUAAAAUAAUAACGUAUUUGUACCCAUAUAAAUACGGUACGAAAUCAAAUGUAUUGAUGUCUCACGUGUAAAAUUAAAGGAUUCGUAAGUUUCAUGACGCGCUGCCGAUCGUACCUAUUUUAGAUUCUUUUUAUUCAUCAUCUUUUUACUAGUUUAUUUGAUUCAACAUUUAUAAAAUGUACACACAGUAUUGAAACAUAUCUUUUGCAUUGUUAAUAUCAUUAGUUAUUGUUUACAAUUAAGAUUUUAUUUUAUGAAGAAUUAUUUACCUACCGUAAAAUGUCCCUAAUUUACUCCCCACUGGGUAAUUUCUCUGUAUUAUAUGAUGAUACAGUGAUGAUAUACUUUAAAUCGGCAUAUAUAUCAACUUACCACAAUAUAAUAAUUUCUAAUUUUGGAGUAAAGUAGGCUAAUUUUACGGUAGGUACCUAAAUAUUUUGCUAAUGUAAGAUAUAAUCAAGUGAGAUAGUAAAUAACAGUAUUAUGAAGCAAUUUAUCUAGUCAAUAUAAAAUUAGUGCGUUAAAGUUGUGUGAUAUGUGACUAAUUACUAACUGAUUCAUUGAAAAAGGUAUAAUUACUGGCUCAAGAAAUUGGUGCCAAUGUCAAGAUACAGGUACCCAGAGGCGUACCAUUAAGUCCAUUCCAUUAGUAUGCACUAAAAUUAAUAUUUGUUAAGUAUUACCUAACACAGGGGUCUCCAAACUUUUUUACCUGAGGGCCAUAUUGCGCUUCAGAAACUUUUGCGCGGGCCACCGGCGGCGCCCGGGGGUUGGGCUGAAUCCCUGGAGCCUGGCUCCUUGGGUGUCGGCGGGCCGGAUUAUUAUGUUGAGAUGGUAACGAACGUACGAGUUUGUUACUCAUAGGAAAAUAAGCUAACUUAUGGAGGAAUCCGAAAAGUUGUCGGCGACGUACCUAAAAGGUCAUUUUUACACCUAGUUAUGGUUGGUACAAAAUUUACACUGAAUCUUACGAAAAUGCUCAUUAAAUGAAAACUAAAUUCAUUAAUAAAUAUAAAAGCUAUUCAAAAGUUUGACACUGCGUGCUUAUUUAGGACUUGUGUAAUCACAAGCUUUGUCUAAGUAAGUAUGUAUAUAUAUGUCGUUAAAUUUAAAAGGUUAUUUAGUUCACAACAAUUUUAGUUUACUAAUUGUUCCCUGUACUCUUUGAUAAUACCAAAGAGAAUUAAGAUGAUAAUACUGAAAUAUAGUUUUUUUUUAUCUAGAAGGAAACUCGUAUCAUAUAAUAUAAUGUAGAAACUUUAUACUAUAUCAAAUAUGAUUUAAUAAGAUAAAAUCUAAGAAAAAAACAGUGCCCCAGAAUUUGACAGCUGAAGAUGAUGAAUCUGUAAACAAAAGGCGCCAUAAUGUUUUAUAGUAACUGCCGUACAGCGCCACCUACAUUACAUCAACUAAUUCAAAGCACGAGUUUUUCUUAGACUUUAUAUUAAAAAAUAUAUUAUAUUAUAGAGGACAAUAUCUUAAGAUAUAUUAAUCUACCUAUACUCUAAACUGCUUGUAGAAUGUUUAUUUUAUUUUAAUAUAUUACUAUAGUCUGAUGGAAAACGAAAUAUUUUAAUGAUGUGGUUCUGACCAUGUUUAGAUACUAAGUGGUCGCAUGAAAUAGACCGGCUUCGGCCUCGUUCUAGAGAUACUUACCUAAUGCCCAUUUCUGUAAAUAUCAUUUGUGUGACAUUGCUACUAUCUGGCUAAGUACAAUAGUAUAAGUACCUAGUCAAAAUUAUUGAAAUAUGAUUUAUUGUGCGGUGAAAAUAAAACCAUUCAAAGUGCACACUUGCAAGGAUAGUAAAAUGACGUCGAAAUGUGCGAUAAAACGUGUGAUUCAAUUCUUGACCGACUGAUGACUUGAACCCCUGACUCAUUGAAGGUCAGCCGGAAGUUGACGGAAAUCAUUUUGUUUGCCGAGUGACUCAUAAUGUAAUCAUGGUCUAUAGUACGCAUUUUUGAAAUGUUUGGGUUUGUUAUGAUUACGAAGUAGAACAUUUUUAGAAUCGUCAAAGUUACUGUCUGUCUACUAUCGAUAAGUUACUGUUAAAUGAAUGGGAAGGAAAACACAAAAUUACGACGUAGAUACGAGGAGUGAUCUAAUUGCUUCCGUUCCUAUGAAUUCCAGACGUUUUUUCGUGUAUUGUAAUAAUAAUAUUAUCACUAUGAAAUUAUUUUAGUUGGUAUCUUCAGCCUGUUCAUGCUACCUACCUAUAUAUAGGUAUUUUACAUUACCUUGACUCCAUCUAUUUAUUAUGCAUAUUGGAAAAAAAUCUAGUCUUAAAUGUUGGUAGGUACCUACGCACUGGAACGUUUUCUAUCCAGACUUGCUUAGUGAGUAACUUGUAGUUUAUAGGAAAUCGGUUUGUAUCUAAUCGCACAACAAUAUCGGUAGAAAUGUCUUGACGCAUUGUAAAUUUAUCUGAAAAUGCAAUGUUUUGAUGUAAGGGAACAAUGAUGAGAGCUUAGUUAUGUCAUUAAAAUUGCUUGAUAUGUUUGUGAUUUAUAAACUAAGUAGCUAUAUAAUGACGAUACUUGUUGACUAUUAUUAAUAUGUACUUAUACCUAUUGCGUCAAUUUAGUAGGCAUGGCAAAGUAGCGGUUUUCCUUGAAUACUUGGGUGUGACCAAUGGGUUCAUCCAUAGUCUACAGUUAUUUUUUUAUUACGUUUAUCCUCUCACAAUCCUAAAACUUAAAUAAAUUUAAUAAUUUAUGUAGUUGCAAUUGUAAUGUGUCUGCCUAUUUAAAAAAAAACAUCUUUUUAUGUACCUAAGUCAGAAAUAACGGUCUAAAUAAAUCAAUUCUGUAAAUUUUCGCCUUCCUUACGUUUAUCUAAGCAUACAAAUAUAGGGAAUCCAUAAAUUGUAUCUAAAUGGGGAAUUUCGUGUCACAUAGCACAUAGCUUCACUCACUUCAAAUAUGAUAGGUACUGAUAUUGAUAUUUAUACAUGUUGUUCCUACUAAAGGUCUGCCUACUCACAGCGCGCCACACUAUCUCUGUAAUUCCACGAUACACGAGCAUUAUCAUGCAGUAAAUUACCAGCACUGAUAACCGCACGUCCAUUAUGCGUCGCCCCGUUUUUCGCUGACCAAUGCAGUUAAUGAACUCGUUAACUUUCAAUAACAAAUAAAAGCGUCGCGCCAGGAUGUGGAUGACCCCAUUGCCUGCUAAGCGACAGAUAAACACGAAACGCCGGCGGCCCGGCUCCUGUGCCUUGAUAAAAAUAUAAAUGCAAUAGAUAUAUAAGUACUAAAGCAAUUGUAGGUUUAGGCGAAUCCACGAGCUUUUGAUGUCCAAUUUUAUACUUCAAAAUGUUGCAUUUAAGACCUUGUUUUGAAAGAGCCGCGUGCCCCGGAGUGCACUCGGUCUAAGCGUUAGACCUUGUUUCACUCCACGGGGCGCGCCAACAGUACUGUCAUUUAAUGCAAUUUCUUGUAAUCCGACACUUAUUUGCAUUAUACAUAGAUUAGAUUGCUUAGUUAUCGAGUAGGUACCUAGAUUAAGUUAGCAUACUGUGUUCAUUUCCACUGGACUGUGUCAAUUCUUAUGUUACUAGAAUGUCGACAUAUGCCCGCCACAUCACUGCCAUUGUUUUUUACUAAUCAGCAAUUUGUACCUACAUUUUGAUUUUGUUGUAUAAUGUGGGACACGUUUUAUAAAACUUUUACACCGAUUAAUAAAUAUAGUUGUAGAUGGUAA